AUGAUUAUUUGUUGUCCCAGUGUUUGUAUUAACAUCAGUCGAUUGUCCACAUUCGCCUGCCUUCUAGUACUCAUUUCAAUUAGUCAAUUCAAAUUGGUGCUAGUUGUCGAUGCCGCUCCUUCAUACUCCACAAUUACAUUGAACUACACACGGAUAUCCGACGAGACAGAUAAUCAAACAACAACAAAUAAUUGUGUAGCUGAAAUAAUUGAUGAAACAUUAUAUUAUUUUUCUGUAGGCUAUCGAGCAUUUGCUGGCGCACUCAUUGUUCCAAUAACAAUUUGUGGUAUAUGUGGAAACACUCUUGUCAUUUAUGUUAUUAAACAUUAUCAUUCAUUGCGUAUCACAGGCAAUGUUUUUCUUGCCUCGCUUGCAGUCGCUGAUGUCGGUGUGAGUACCUUGGCAAUGACAUUUUAUGGUCUACAAUUAUUGUAUGGACGAUGGUUAUUUGGACCGUUUAUGUGUCGCUUAUGGUUCUCAUGCGAUGUUUUAUUUUCAACUGCGUCGAUUAUACAUUUAGCUUGUAUAUCUCUCGAUCGUUAUCUAUCUAUAGUACGUCCAUUUGAAUACGAACGUUCGUCAUCUGAACGUCGUCGUUACAUCAUGAUAUUCUUCUGUUGGUUCGUGUCAGCCUUACUUUCGUUUAUUCCGAUAUUUACUGGUAUAUAUACAACAAAAGCACAACGAAAUAUUAUCGAUUGUUUAGAAUAUGUGCAUGGCCGAUGUAUAUUCAAUGUUAAUCAAGCAUACGCGAUCGUUUCAUCGUCAUUCUCGUUUUGGGUACCUGGUGCUAUUAUGAUUAUUAUGUAUGCGAUGUUAAUACGAAUUGCUGAUAAAAAGGAACGUGAAGCUUAUCAAAUCAUGGGCGGCGUUGCACAACGUCGACGCACUUCGCAGCAAAAUCACUAUGCACAUCGACGUUCAAGCGACAAUCAUCAUGGGAAUGAAUCGACAUCAACGAGUCAACAAGUGCAAGGCGAAAAACAAAUCACUGCUGUUCCAACGAGUAAUGGGCAUUCGAAGAAGUUUCGUCGUCAACGAAAAUUCGAUAGUCUCGACAAAGAAAUCAAUCGGAAAGCAUCAGGUGAUCUAUCCGGCAGUUUAUUUGAUUCACGUAAUAGUCAAAUGAAACAUUUGAGACGUGAACGUCGAGCCGUUAAAACUCUAGGUUCCAUCAUGGUCGCGUUUAUUAUUUGUUGGCUUCCAUUUUUCAUUCGUUAUACCGCAUGCGAGCCCAAUCGUUGUAAUUGGAAAAUUGCACCUCUUAUUUCAGAUAUCGUGUUUUGGGUUGGUUAUUUCAAUUCAAUGAUUAAUCCAUUUUUGUAUGCUUUUCAUAAUCGAGACUUUCGAAUUGCUUUUCAAAAGACGCUUAGUCGGUAUUUCGGAUGUUGUCAUCCGCGUCGAGCAAGUAUUGCUAGUUCGACGAUCCUAUCACCUCCAACACCCAGUGGUGAUUCACAAAAAAGUUCGAUCAACAUCAAUCGAUUUAAAAACAGCCAAAUUCUACGAUCAAUCGUCAGUAUACAUGAUCGACCGACGACGCAUUCGAAUAAUCUUAAGAUCGGUGACUCAUCUGUCGGAGUGUCCAACGGCAAUCUAACAUUUCAUUCGAUCUCGAGAACACCAAAACCAACCGGAAGUCGAAUCCUACGUGAAAACUUGUGGUGA